GCCGCUUUCAGGUUUCUCUCUGGUGUCGCCGAAAAGCCGAAAAGGCCGUGUUGGCCGCUCUCAGGUUCCGCUGCGGUACAGAUAUAUAUGUGUAUUAAAAGCGCAAGCACGCGCGGGAAAUUACAAAUCUGUGCAUACACUACGUCGAGUAAAGUCGGGAUCACAAACUGUGUGUGGCAUAACGUAUAAGGCUGGGAAGACAAUAGGUAGACAACAUCGAAAAUAACACCCAAAAUCAAAAUCACAAUUAUUUAACAAUAACGCCAAUUUGACCAAAACGCAUACCAUAAGUUGACAGUCACACUCAAUAGACACCGAAUUAUUUGACAAUAACAUUACAAACAUUACACUCAAAAUGAAGGUCACCCCCAGUUAUUUGAAGCUAACACCAAAAGUUACGCUCAUGUAUUUGAUGGUAACACCGAAAAUGACAUCCUAAAUGAAGAGUCGAUGAGUCGGAAGCCAGUAGCUUUGGAACGGUACAGAAGAAGAACGAAAGAUGCCAGGCACUUUGACGUAUCCAAUUUACGCUGGUGUAGAUCCAUCUCCUCCUAGAAGACGAGCUUACACUUGGAACACACAGCAUAGUUCCGACUCAUGCGUGGAAGAAGUUGCGCAACUUGGUGUGCAACUUGGUCGAUUGUCUUUAUCGGAACCUUCGAGAAACGAGGCAACGAGCAAGUUGAGAUUAAAAGUAAUCGCUGGGCACCAACUAGCCAAGAAAGAUAUUUUUGGUGCGAGCGAUCCCUAUGUUAGAGUUGAUUUGAAUACGAUAAAUGGAGAUCAAACAGUGGAUUCUGCACUUACAAGAACCAAGAAGAAGACACUGAAUCCAGUUUGGGAGGAGGAAUUUGUAUUUAGGGUCAAACCAGUGGAACAUAAAUUGGUCUUACAAGUAUUUGAUGAAAAUAGGUUGACAAGGGAUGAUUUUCUUGGCAUGGUGGAAUUAACAUUGAUUAAUUUACCAAAAGAGCAAGAAGGUCGUGUUAUUCCUGCUAGGUGUUAUGUACUUCGUCCACGUAGUAAUCAUUCCAGUCAGCGGUCCCGAGUUAAGGGAACGUUGGAAGUAUAUCAUGCAUAUAUUUCCGACUCGUCCACUAUCGAGAAUGAAGACCGAGAAUUAGUAUCUGACUCCGAUGGGUGGGAAUUAGUACAAGCGACGAAUAACAGUCCGGAGGAGCAAGCUGCAGAUAUUAUGAUUGUUAAUGGGCCAUUACCACCAGGAUGGGAAGAAAGACAAGACGCAAAUGGUCGUACAUACUACGUCAAUCAUAUAGCACGUUUUACACAAUGGGAGCGACCAACAGAAACGGAUGCCGCAACGCAGGGUGAAAGUGUCGAGCAACGUAACUUGGAUACUGCGGUUACCGAGUUUCAACGACGAUUCCACAUUAGCGCUGAUGACGAAGGCAGACAUAGAAGUUCAGUAAUAACUCAGGAUGAUGAGGUUCUACGCGAGGAUGAUGAAGAUUCGGAAGCAAGAGAUUGUGAGGGUGGGGAUCAUAGGGGUGGGGGUGUUGGGGAUACUUCUUCAGAGUCCGGACGUUCUGUCGAUCAACGUGGCUACCUUAGUGAAUCUGAAGAACAGACUGAUGAUAAUGUCGACAGCCCGGCUGGUUCAAGACGUUCAUCAGAACAAAUUGAAAGCCCUAAACCUGUUCUCCCAAUGUCUACUGAUGAGGGUUUACCUCCUGGUUGGGGCAUGCAAAUAGCACCUAAUGGCAGAGUAUUUUUUAUUGAUCACAAUGAAAGAGCAACGACCUGGGUGGAUCCAAGAACAGGAAGACCAAGUUCUAUACCAAAUCCUAUCGCAUCGUCAACCAUGUCAAGAAGCGAUUUAGAUCAGUUAGGACCGCUUCCGGAAGGAUGGGAGGAAAGAGUACACACCGACGGACGUAUCUUUUUUAUCGAUCAUAAUACAAGAACAACACAAUGGGAAGAUCCACGUCUGUCUAAUCCUCAAAUUGCCGGACCGGCUGUACCAUAUUCCAGGGAUUAUAAGCGUAAAUAUGAAUACUUGAAGUCUCAACUGAGAAAGCCUAAUAACGUUCCUAAUAAAUUUGAGAUUAAAGUUGGACGGAACAAUAUCUUGGAAGAUUCAUACCGUAUUAUAAGUUCUGUCAACAGAGUUGAAAUUCUAAAGACAAAACUGUGGGUAGAAUUUGAAGGUGAGGUAGGUUUAGAUUAUGGUGGCCUUGCAAGAGAAUGGUUCUUCUUGUUGUCCAAGGAAAUGUUCAAUCCAUAUUAUGGGCUUUUCGAAUAUUCUGCAACAGACAAUUAUACUCUACAAAUUAAUCCUUGUUCUGGUGUGUGUAACGAAGAGCAUUUGAACUACUUUAAAUUCAUAGGACGUAUAGCAGGAAUGGCUGUUUACCAUGGCAAACUUUUGGAUGCUUUCUUUAUUCGACCAUUUUAUAAAAUGAUGUUGGGUAAAGCGAUUGAUCUGAAAGACAUGGAGAGCGUUGAUUCUGAAUAUUAUAACUCUCUUCUAUGGAUUAAGGAGAACGAUCCCAGUGAAUUGGAACUAACUUUCUGUCUUGACGAAGAAAGCUUCGGCCAUACUUCCCAAAGAGAGUUAAAACCCGAUGGCGCUAAUAUUCCAUUGACGGAUGAAAAUAAAGACGAAUAUAUAAGUUUAGUUAUACAGUGGCGGUUUGUAUCUCGUGUACAGGAACAAAUGAAUGCCUUCUUGGAAGGAUUCAAUGCUCUUAUACCGCCGACAUUGGUUAAGAUAUUUGACGAGCACGAGCUGGAAUUGUUAAUGUGUGGCAUACAGCAUAUUGACGUGAAAGACUGGAAGCAAAACACUUUGUACAAAGGAGAUUAUCAUGCAAAUCACCUUGUUGUACAAUGGUUCUGGAGAGUCGUUUUAUCAUUCAGUAAUGAAAUGCGUUCUAGAUUAUUACAGUUUGUGACUGGUACAUCACGUGUGCCAAUGAAUGGAUUUAAGGAACUUUAUGGCAGUAAUGGACCACAAUUAUUCACGAUUGAGAAGUGGGGUACACCGGAGAAUUAUCCAAGAGCUCAUACUUGUUUUAAUCGUAUUGACCUUCCUCCAUAUACAAGUUAUCAACAACUCAGGGAUAAGCUAGUUAAAGCAAUUGAAGGUUCUCAAGGUUUCGCUGGAGUCGACUAGCACGAAAUACCUUUGUUCAUGAUGAUAUCUGUAAUAUAAUGUAUAUACUAUAUAUACAUACUUAUAGGUACACAGAAGAGUAUAUACUGUCUUAAUAUGAUUAUCUAUUUAACAACUUUCUGCACUUUAAUGAUUUAGUUGUCUCUUAAUUACAAGUGACAACACAUUGAGACAAUUUGAGAAAAAAAAAUAUGUUUGAAAUUUAAUAUUAUUGCUUAGCUUUCUUGGAAAGCUUCAAUAUGUCUUUCAGGAUGUUACAGUCUGAAAAAUAUACAGUGUAUUCAGUGAAAAGUAUUUAAACAACGUGAAGUGCCGCUGAAAUCAGAUACUAACUAAUCCACUUUUAGAGAUAUGCCAUAUUUUUACAAUCACACUUUCGGCUUUCUUGGGAGAAGUAAUUUGGCUGGUAUAUAACAAGGGAAUGAGAUAUUUUAUAUAAUAUUAAGAUGUAAAUAAUUUUGUAUUAUGAUAUUGAUUUAUUGAUCAAUUGUUCCCAUUUGUUACAUACAUGUAUCAAAGUAGUUAAUAUCAAAAUAUUAUGAUAUAUACAAAUUGUUGAAUCACCUGUAUAUGAUACUAAUGUUUCCAAAUUAUGUAAUCAUGUGAAAAGGAAAAAUAACAAUUAAUGUUCAGUAUAGCUUUAUCAAAUUUGCGUAUUGAGAAUAUUACUCAUAAUUCAGAAUAUUCUUUUACUAUUUCUUUGUGGUAUUCCAAAUUUUACUUCUCUCUGUUCUAGCUUUAACAACAUAUAAAUUUUUAACUUCUCUUCCUUUUUCAUUGUUUAAUACUUAUGCAAAGUUGUUUGUACCUUUGUUGAAGUAAUCUACACGAAGGUAAAACACUUGCCAUAUAUAUAUAUAUUUUUUACACACAUACAUAUAUAAACUGACUUAUCUUCACUUAUGUUGUUCCUUUUAUAAUUUUUUUAUGAUUGCUGAGUG